GGAGCGGUGCGGGGCAGGGCGCGGCGCCCGCACGGAGAGGCGAUGGGCUCGGCCUGCUGCGGGUAGGGGUAGGGCGGGCGGGGAGUUGCUCCGCGCCCCGCCAUGCGCCCCCGCGGAGCCCCGCGCUCCGCCCGCUGAGCCCCGCUCGGGGGUACCGGGGGGGGGGGGCGUGCGGGGGUUCGCCCCCUCCCCGCUCCUCCCGCAACUUUGAACGAUGAUCACAGUCAACGCGGAUGGGAAGAUAAUGGUCAGGAGAUGCCUCGUCACCUUGAGACCCUUUAGGAUAUUCGUGCUGGGCAUUGGAUUUUUCACCCUGUGCUUCCUAAUGACGUCGCUGGGAGGGCAGUUCUCAGCCAAGCGCCUGGGGGACUCGCCCUUCACCAUCCGGACCGAAGUGAUGGGUGCGCUGGAGUCCCGAGGGGUGCUGCGGCGGAUGAGCGACAUGCUGGAGAUGCUGAUGAAGAGGAUGGACAUCCUGGCCAGGCUGGAGAAUAGCACUGACUUCCACAAAGGGGAUGAAGCACGAUUCCCUAUGGACAGGUUUCAGCCAGCAGCUGGCCUGAUGGAGAGGAUCCAAGCUAUAGCUCAAAACGUCUCAGACAUCGCAAUAAAAGUAGAUCAGAUUCUCCGGAACAGCCUCCUGAAUGCGAAAGGGGCAGAAGGCAGGAGGGACCAGUGCGAAGUGCCCAGGGACCCCAAGUACCCUGACUGCGCUGGGAAAGUGGAGUGGAUGAGGGCCAGGUGGACCUCUGACCCCUGCUAUGCGUUUUUUGGCGUGGACGGCACCGAGUGCUCAUUCCUCAUCUACCUCAGCGAAGUCGAGUGGUUCUGCCCUCCCCUGCCCUGGCGAAACCGGACAGCAGCUCCUCCUUCACCCCCACCGCAGCCCCGUGAGCAGGCAGCUUUCCGGAGCGACCUGGCUCCCCUCCUGGAGCUCAUCGGCACGGGCAAGGAGUCCCUCAGCUUCAUGAAGAAGCGGAUCCGGCACUUGGCCCAGCAGUGGCUGCGGGCAGCUCGGCGCCUCGAGCAGAAGCUGAAGGGCCGGCAAAGGGACCAGAAACAGAUCUUGAUCCAUAUCGGCUUCCUGACGGAGGAGUCGGGGGACGUUUUCAGCCCGCGGGUGCUGAAGGGAGGCCCUCUGGGCGAGAUGGUGCAGUGGGCUGACAUUCUGGCUGCCCUCUUCCUCCUGGGACACAGCCUGAGGGUCACGGUCUCCCUGAAGGAGCUGCAGAGUCACUUAGGGGUGCCUCCAGGACGGGGAAACUGCCCCUUGACCAGUCCUUUACCUUUUGACCUGAUCUACACUGACUACCACGGUCUUCAACAGAUGAAGCAGCACAUGGGGCUCUCCUUUAAGAAAUACAGAUGCCGUGUCCGGGUCAUCGAUACCUUUGGGACGGAGCCGGCAUACAACCACGAGGAGUACGCCACGCUGCGCGGGUACCGCACCAACUGGGGCUACUGGAACCUGCAGCCCACCCAGUUCAUGACCAUGUUCCCUCACACCCCCGACAACUCCUUCAUGGGCUUCGUAUCAGAGGAGCUCAACAAGACAGAGAGGCAAUUCAUCAAGUCCAACAAAGUGAGCAGCAUGGCAGUGGUGUACGGGAAGGAGGCCAGCAUCUGGAAGUUGCAGGGCAAGGAGAAGUUCCUGGCCAUCCUCAACAAGUACAUGGAGAUCCACGGCACGGUUUAUUAUGAGACGCAGCGGCCGCCCGAGGUCCCGGCGUUUGUGAAGAACCACGGGCUGCUGCCACAGCACGAGUUCCAGCAGCUGCUGAGGAAGGCCAAGCUCUUCAUUGGCUUCGGCUUCCCCUAUGAGGGUCCUGCCCCACUGGAGGCGAUUGCCAACGGCUGCGUUUUCCUGCAGGCGCGUUUCAACCCCCCGCACAGCUCCCUCAACCAUGAGUUCUUCCGCGGGAAGCCGACGUCACGAGAGGUAUCCUCCCAACACCCAUAUGCUGAAGACUUCAUCGGGAAGCCACAUGUGUGGACUGUCGACUACAAUAACUCUGAAGAGUUUGAAGCUGCUAUCAAAACCAUCGUGAGGACCCAGGUGGACCCUUACCUGCCUUACGAGUACACCUGCGAGGGGAUGCUGGAGCGGAUCCAUGCCUACAUUCAGCAUCAGGAUUUCUGCACCACGUUGUCCCCUCCUCUGCCUCCCAAGGCCAAGAGUCCUGCUAUGCAAAGCCCUCCAAGCGUGCUAGUGCUGUCCCCCAAUGCCACUCACCUCACGUGGUCCCCCAGCGCCAGCCGGGACCCCCGUGCCUGGCCGCCGGUGGACUCGCUGCAGGUGUGGGUGUCAGAGGCAUGGCACUCGUGCACCGAGACGUGCCGGCGGCACGGGCUGGUCUGUGAACCCACCUUCUUCAGGUUCCUCAACAAGAAGGACGUGUUUCUACAGCUCAGCAUCACCUGCGACAGCACCGAGUAUGAGAUGAACCAUCUUUACCCAGCAGUGGCCGAGAACGUCCAUGAGUGCUACCUCCAGAAGGAGCCGCUGCUCUUCAGCUGUGCGGGCUACAACACCAAGUACCGGCGCCUCUGCCCCUGCCGUGACUUCCGCAAAGGACAAGUGGCUCUGUGCAGGGACUGCUUGUGAUCUGGGGGGUUGUGUCUGCGACACACAACAUGCAACAAGUGGCUUUUUCUCAAAGCUUCUGCAAUAGCCGAGGGAGGUGGGACAGGUCCCUCCCAGCGGGUGUCAGACUCUGGGGGUUGUGUUGUCCACCAGUCAACUGUGAAUGACCAUGUCCUGACCUUUGGUUUCAUUUUCUUCUUGAGGAGCAUUUUCCAACCACAUCCGAACCCACCUGGACCUGGUGGUGCUGGGACAGGGUAAUGGGGAGAGGGGGGCUGGGAACAUCCUUCCCCUCCUCUGGCAAUGGGACAAGCCACCAGCAGACUGCAGUUUCAGGGGUUUCAUCCUCUUCAAGCAUCCAAGAUUGUUUUAUUUAUUGAUUUAUUUCUUUUUUAACCCUUCCCCCUGACAAGUGGUGAAUUAAAGGGGAAGCAACACCCAGCCCUUCUGCGGGAGUUCUUGGCAGAGCUAUGUUGGGGGCAGAGUGAGGGCUGCUAGUGCCCACCUUGGUUGUGGAGCUGGGGGAGGACAAAGCCCAUAGGAGCAGCUGGGUUGGAUGAACACAGAGGGAUCUGCACCAGCGCUGCCCCCAGGAUGAGCCGGUGGGAGAUGAAUGGACUCCAGGAAGUGAAGGAUGGGGCUGGGGAGGGCUCUCAGGAAGGAUGCUGGUCCCUUUGGCAAUGGUGUUGGCUGGGCAGAGGUGCCCAAAGUGAAUCCCUCACCAGCCCUCAGGCUGCUCUCUGCCCUGCUGGGCUGUGCAUGGAGCUGUACAUCCCUCCAGGGACCGAGGCAGAGGUACACGGAGUGCUUGGUGUUCGAAUGAGUACUAUCCUGUCUCAGCAUGCCCCAGAUGUUGCAGGCCCAGGAAGAGGUGAGCUCCAAGCAAACAUCUUCCAUGAUGGUCUUCUCUUCUUUUUUCUCCACACCACUCACCUCACUGCAGGGGGGUUCUCUGCUGCAGGAAUUUCCCACCUGCAGGUCCCCUUUUUGGGUUAGUGCUGCCUGGGGUGGCCUGGUUUGGUUCUGUAUGGUUGCUCACCGGAGCAAAUGUGUUUCUGUAAGGUUGGUGCUCAGACCUCCUGUUGCUUGGAAGCAUUUGGUGGUGAGUUUCCUGCAUCUCAUAAAACAUAUGGCUUGAAGGUUACAGGCUGGAAAUUCCCUCCUAGAACAUCCCUGCAUGGAAUAGGUCCCAGCCCAGCAGGCAAGGUGGGGUGCAGCCUGUCCUGGCAGUGUCACCACAGGGUACCAGGCCCUGGUGGGUUUGUCUCCCCUGGCUCAAGGUGACUGAUGAAGAGCAGUGGCAUGGCAGGAUAAGUGCAUGAGGUCUCCCCUGCCAUCCAGCUGCUCGCUGGAGCUGCAUCAUGCAGCCCUGGCAUCUACAGCCAGUCCUCCCUGUGCCUCGGUGGCUUGCAGCCAGGUUUGGGGAGAAAAUCCUAUUCCUUCCGCUGUGCAAUAGCACUGGGCAGACCCCAGCUCCCGUUACCAUCUCCCUCAUCUGGUCCCAGGAAGGGGAACACCACAAGGUUCUUAUGUCCUGCAAGGCACCCCUUCACUGUGGUGAGACCAGCCACAUCCUGCGCCAGAUGAGGCAGGAGCUGGAGACGCUGCUAUUAUCCCAGAGCAAUUUGUCAUCUUCAGUGCAAAAUUGCAUAGGCAGCCUCCAUUCCGCAAGGGGAAGGAUUGAUUAAGUAAUUUUUGUCUUACAGCCAGCGUGCGUAUAAAUAAAAGUGGUGCAAACCUCUCUGCAGAGCUGAACACCACCACCCCGUGCCCCUCUACAGCACCUUUCAUCUCAGUCUCAAAGCCUGGCAAAAGCUCCUGUUGUGGGUGCUGUGUGGGCAGGAGCCAGCCCAGGGGAUUUGCAAGCAGGAACCACCAGUGAUUCACUUCCCGGGGCUGUAAGGACCGAAUAAACCCUGGUUUUAUAAGGGAUCUAAGCGAGCUUUAAAGACGAAGAGGCUCAGGAUGCCUCUUGAGGCAGCGCUCGUUGCACAGCAGCUCCUUGGGCAGGUUUCUCCAGCCGUUCUGCUUGGAUGCUUUUAAAAUAGGCUUCACAUUUCAGCAGCCCAGCGCCUGCCUCCCACCACAGAGAGUCCCAAUUAUCCCCUGGCAGGAGCAAUUUUCUCCAAGCUGAAAUAAAAGGCGGCUGGCUCACCUUCUCUGCUGCCAUGGGGAAUAAUGAUCUGUCUGGAACCUUGUUGGAUCUUGAGCCAGCCUGUAUAUUUGGGUGAUGGAGCUGAGUAAUACUCUGAUAUUGCCUGUCGUGUCCUUUCUCCAUCAGCUGCCGCUGAGGCCUGCUCUUGGUGCUGCCAUGAGGGUGGGUGCUGCUUGGGGAAAAGCCUCCUUCUUCAGCUGGUGGUGAUUGCACAUCGCUUGUGGAUGGUGGAUGUAACAGGGACUGGAGUGUGGCUGCUCCAGCCUUAUCCUGCUUGGAGCAUCCCCUGAAGCAAGGGGUGCCUUGGUCUAUAAAAUCGGACGUAGGGGCAAGGUGGGGCUUGGCUGGUUCAGUAAUGCCAAGUUGGGUAUUAACGGUGCCUUUGGGUGCAAAAUUGGCACCAAAUUGUUUGUUCCGUGAAGGGUGUAUGCCAGGGCUGCCUGGGGGCGCAUAUUAAUUCCUGCAGCGCUUCUGGUCCUGGGCUCCCUGACACAGAGGUGGCCACAAGGGACAGAGCUGCUGGGUCAGCAGCAGCUCCUGCAGGAGUUGGUGUAAAAGAGGAUGGACUUUGUCACAUGGAAAUGCUUUUUUGCUGCCUGUUUCUGGCCCUGGCUGUGCCCAAGUGAUUGCUGGAGCAUCCUGCUGCCUUCCUGUGCUUUUGCCCAAGCAGGUCUCCAGCACUUGUUCUGGUCUCCCAGCCAGGACACAUUUCUAUCUGGAAGGGAGAUCUGAGAAUAAUACAGACAUUAAAUUCACUUUUUAUUAAAUAGAAGGAUGGAAGAGAUGUAAAAGGAAGCCAAGGCGCCCCCAUAUAAAGAGAUUCUAAUUACCGUAGCUAAUUACAAAGAUCAAAUCCUCGGUUGGAAGGGGGACACAGUGUCAAAGCUAUGGAUAAAAUCAAGCCAUUCAAAAUCAAAUGAGGAGCUGUCAGCUACACCCGUUGAUGCUGGUGGAUGGGACAGUCUGUUUAACAACCAGAGCAUGUGUGUGGGGAGCCCCUGUGGUCUCCUUGGGGCGAGGGGUCCGGACUGUUGAUGGCAUUCCUGGUGGCAUCCACUGAGUAGAGCCUCCUGGAAGGUUUUAUUUUUCAACCUAUUUUCCUCUUCUGGCAGCGGUGAAACCAGGACAGGCAUGUCAAAAGAAUGAUACGGUUGUGGAAAUCCAUUUUCCAUACAUAGAAAUGGAGCCAGGAGCAAUUUUUGUUUCUGAGCCUCACUCUUGUUAGUAAUUCCACUCAGAACUUUACUUUUGGAGUUUGGAGAAGUUUUAUCCCCGUUUUUAAUGCUGAUGGCAUCAAACCCUUCCAUUGCCAGGACGGCUGGGGGGUACUGGGGAGAGGGCCAGUGGUCCCAGCCCCAAUCCCUGCACAGCAUCUGCUGCAGAGGCUGAGCCACUGUUGGCUCCCAGAGCAGCAUUUUGGGCUGUAAAUCACAGCUGGAGGUAAUGGGGCUGCUCCACUCUUAUCUGGGGCUUUAUUAGGAAAUCGUUAAGUGGCUUUUCUCUCCUGAUCCCCCGCUUAUCUGCAGCUGGGUAAAGCGGCAAAUUUCAUCUAUGAUGUGGACAGCCCAUGCAAAGAGAAACCCAUUUAUUUCCCCUAACAGGUUUAUCACUAGAUCAAGGAGCUGCUGAAGAUAUAAGCACCGGUGGUUAUUUCCCCAGGUGAUGGAUCUAGCUGCCACACAGCCUGCAGUAACCAAAGCAUGUCGCCUGACAGGGAUGUCUAAUGGACCUGUGGUCAGGACUACUGGCUCAUGUAUUUCAAGGUCUUGAUUUAAUUGAGUCCUGACUCCCUGGUAUCAGGCUUUUCUUCUCUUUUUCUUUUCUUUUAUUAUUAUCCUUUUCCCCCUUCACAAAGACUUCCCAAAAUAAACUCAUGUAUUUCAUCUCCUG